AUGUCUGCCUGGUUCAUUGAUGAGAAAACACUUAAUCGCAUAACUAGCAUAAUAUCUAAUCCAAAUUCAAGCAUUAUUGACUUAAUUAAAGAGGAUACAAUUAAAACAGCCAUAAAAAGGCAAGUCCCAAAAUUAUUAGACUUUAUUUUGAAGCAUGUCGGUGAAUUUGUAGAUGUUGCUAUAGGAGUAAUCAAAACAAGUGUUGUUAUUCAAAAAAAGGCUUUAGAUCUUCUUUUAUCAAAUAUGCAACCAUUCACAAAUCAAAUUCAGAACUCACCAGAAUUUGCAUCCCAUAUUUAUGCAUUUAUUUCUCAAGAGGCAGACUUUUCAGAAGUAGAUUCCACUUGUUUUUGUAAAUUAAUCGAAUUUUACAUGAAAGAUUCAGAUUGUGGCAUCCUUAAUAAACUUCCCAAAGACAAAUUUAUACCACUUCUUUUAAGUCGAGUUCAUCAUCUCUCUAUUUCGAACCUAAUGGAAAUCAUCACCUGUGAUACUCGCAAAUCUAUGUGGAAAUACAUCGAAAAUACGCGUGUUGACCAAGCUAUCUACAACUCGUUCGGAAACAUCGAUUACAUCAAUGAGCGUCUUUUAAAUUUCCUCAGAAACAUCAUUUGCUCAGCCGAACUAGGGUCUCCGGUACUUGAUCUCUUUACCAAGAAGAACAGCAUUGCUCGAUUUUUCGAUUUCGGAUACAAUGCGACUACUCAUGUUGCUGCUGCUGCAUUUCGCGUAGUUUACGAGGUUCUUGGCCUUGUUAUAUACGAAGAAGAAUCAGAGAUGCAGAGCAAUAUCUUAUUUGGGACCAUAUUUGCCGAAACAGCUGAAAAUUUAGAAGCAUUAUGUGAAUUUGUACAGCAAGACCGGCCAUUUCUUGACGACAAGUACAGAGCAAUUGAGCUUAUUACUGCCAUCCUCCAAGUUUACCCCGAUCCGGAACCAUGCGUAGUUGAUAUGAUGAAAUACCUAUUUAAAAAGUUCAUGGAGCUCCCAUUUCACACUUUCCUGCACCAAUCUUUCUAUAAUGUCAUGCUCAAGAUCGGAAAAGAUGACAAAUCCCUCAGAUUAUUAAUUAAAAAGUUAAACAUGUAUGAAGAGAUCAUAAAAGCGUUUGAUGGCUACGACCACAAACAAGUGUCAUACAUAGGACACUUGUACGCCAUAUCUAACUAUAUUUCGAAGAAGUUGGGACCAGAUCCGGAAAAUGAGGAGUGGAAUAAGUUCUUAGAGGACAAAAUAUCUCAGAUGAGAGACGUAAUUUCCAAGCCAUUCGGAGGAAUGAUGCCAAAUCAGUACUAUCAAGAUGAUGACGACGAUGAUUACGUAACACCGCGAGAGGCAGCGAUUUCCAUCUUCGGAAAAGCAUUCUUCUUCGGAGGAGAUGACGAUGAGUUCGAAGAAGAGGAUUUCUUGGAUGAUGAUUACGAUGAAGAAGAAUUAUGA